AAUGUACGAGGGACAUGUCGUCCAUUAUUCCCGAUGUGGAGGUUGGGAAAGGAUAUGUGAUCAUCUAAUAAGCUUUUCCCCUAACUCAACAUACGUUAAAAUCUCCAAGGCACCGCUUGGUAUUAUUGCAGUCCUGGUCUUGUUAUAUAUAGAAAAGGUUGAAGAUGGUAUCUAAGUGUAUAUAAAUCAACCGUACGCCACAUUAGACACUUACUUGGAGGCGCGAGUCAAUCUCUUCUUCGCCCUAGCUUGACGAAGCUCAAUUGGUUUUCCUUGUAUUUGAAGAGGCAGGUUAAUUUGCAGCCCCCCCAUAUAUUCAGAGAUUCAUGGAGAAUGGGCAGGCAAAGGUCAAUGCUUCUUCCAGAAAAGAGGGACAUGGAUCGGUUUCAACCGAAAGACAGCAGAUAUCGCAGAUGCCUUUGAGUAGUAACCUUGGGAGACUGUAUGGAGAAUGUUGUCCGCCUGGAUUUAUCAGGAAGGCUACAGCGGAGAUAAUAGCGACGUAUCUGUUGGUAUUCGUGACAUGCGGUUCGGCGGCUCUAAGCGCGAGCGACGAACACAAAGUCUCGAAGCUGGGAGCGUCGGUGGCCGGGGGACUCAUCGUCACCGUUAUGAUCUAUGCAGUUGGACAUAUCUCCGGUGCCCACAUGAACCCUGCUGUCACCUUGGCUUUUGCUGCUGUCCGACACUUCCCAUGGAAGCAGGUACCGUUUUAUGCAGGAGCCCAGCUAACAGGAGCAAUUUCAGCUGGAUUCACACUCCACGUAUUGCUCCACCCAAUUGAACAUGUUGGAACUACAUCCCCUCCCGGAACAACCAUUCAAGCUCUGGUAAUGGAAAUAGUUGUGACGUUCUCUAUGAUGUUCGUCACCUCUGCAGUGGCAACUGAUACCAAAGCAAUAGGGGAGCUCGCAGGUAUUGCGGUUGGUUCCGCCGUCUGCAUUUCUUCCAUUUUGGCUGGGCCAAUCUCGGGAGGAUCCAUGAACCCAGCAAGGAGUAUUGGUCCAGCAAUAGCAAGCGAUUACUACGAGGGGAUUUGGGUGUACGUUGUUGGACCUGUAUGUGGAACAUUGCUUGGAGCAUGGUCCUACAAUUUCAUUCGGGUGACGGACAAGCCAGUUCACGCAAUAUCAAAUUCGCUUUCAUUUCAGCUCCGGCGAAUGAGGAGCAAUCAGGAAAGCAUUGCAGAUGAAGACCCGCUCAACUCACUCUAACUUUACACCUCAACAAUCCCCGAUAAUCUACAAUUUCUUUGUAUGGCUGUUGCGCAUUACACUUUUGUAUCUUGCAAAUUGAAUUGAUAUGUAAAGGGGCUAUUUAAGUAAACAAUAAAUGAUAAACAAGUGACAGAACUUGAGGCUGUACUGUAA